AUGGCCUCCCUUCAGGCGUCUGACACCGACAACCACAAGCCCUCCUCUGUCCCUCAGGCUACACAGGAAUCGCAAACCGCCUCAGAAUUCAUCAAUGAACAGCUAGCAUUGGAAGCCGAUGCAAAAGAAGUCCUCCCUUAUAAAUUCGACAAAUGCACCUACGACCUUGGUCCUCUACGCCAAAGCGUUUUUGCUUGCCUGACCUGUAACCCCCCUCCAGCUUCUCCUGCUCAACAGUACCGGCCUGCUGGAGUCUGCUAUUCCUGUUCCAUCUCCUGCCAUGGAGAACACACGCUAGUGGAAUUAUUCAAUCGACGAAACUUCGUAUGCGACUGCGGCACAUCACGGAUUCAAUCUAGCCAAUCCUGCAUGUUGAGGUUGAACCCUGCCACAGGCCGUCGAGGAGUUAGUGAUCAAGAACCCGCGCCGGGCAAUCACUACAACCAUAACUAUCAGAAUCGUUUUUGCGCCUGUGCAGAGGAGUAUGACGCCCACACGGAGAAGGGAACCAUGUACCAGUGCAUAGGCCUCGGGACUGUGGAGACUGGAGGCUGUGGUGAAGAUUGGUAUCAUCCAGAAUGUCUAAUGGGACUGGAUAGAGACUGGUUCAAGAAAAUCGAGACAUCCGUGAAGGAUAAGCAGCCUCCUGGAGAUACUGACACUGAGGUGAAAGACGAACCCAGUCACCCAGUUCCACCAGGAUUUCCGGCCGAGGACGAUUUUGAUCUUUUGAUAUGUUACAAGUGCGUUGAAGCAAAUCCAUGGAUCAAGAAAUACGCAAAUACGCCUGGAUUCCUGGCACCUGUCUUUUACAAGUCACCCCAAGCAACCAUCAAUACCAACACCUUGAAACGAAAAGCCUCUGACUCUGACCUCGGCUCUGGCCCUGGCACAGGCCCAGCAAGCCCGUCAAAACGAGUCAAAGAAGAUCUAGAAACAACAGGAAAUCCGACAUCCACACUCACAUCCGUCACCACAGACGCACUUAUCUCCACCAGUCCCACAGAAAACCAACCCAAACACGCCUUCCUCCCAGCAGGCCCCAUCUCCAGUGAACCCUUCACCAUCUUCACAAAAGAAGACUUCCGCGACCAUCUCUGCCACUGCCCGCAAUGCUACCCACAAUUAAUUCCCCACCAGCAACUUAUCGAAGAAGAGGAGAUCUACGAACCGAGUAUAUCCGACUCGGAGGCGUCACAGGCAGGUGACCGAAAUUCAGGGACACGGUCACACGGAACAGCGAGUCUGCUCGAUCGCGGAGAGGCGGCUUUAUCUGGCAUGGAUCGAGUCAAGGCCAUUGAAGGGGUCAUGGUCUACAAUCAUCUGCGGGACAAGGUCAAGGAGUUCCUCAAACCUUAUGCUGAAAGUGGUCAGGCGGUUUCGGCGGAUGAUAUCAAGGCCUAUUUUGAGAAACUAAGAGGUGACGAGGGUGGGAUCAAGGAGGCGAGUGCGAAGCCUGAACCCGCGGAUGGAAGUGCCGGUGGGAAGGGAGGUAGAAAUGGUAGCGGUAGCGGUGGCGGUAGCGGUAGUGGAGAUGGCGAUGGCGCUGGUGGAAGAAGAGAACAGUCUGGGUAUUAGUACCACUUUGUGUUUCUCCCAAAGUCACAAUCAGCACAGGAAAGUCUAUCCUUACUGCGACCUUCUUGGAGAGGUGAUUCUCUUGAAUUAGCUAGGUAGCUAGCUACUAAAAUUGUUGCCCUUUACCAGCUAGCCACCCGGAGGAGAG